AUGGGUAGGAAAUGGGAUGAUGCUGAAGACAAUUUAUUAAGGAAACUCGUAGCUCAGCAUGGUAAGCAAUGGAGUUUGAUUGCUUCUAAAAUUCCCAAUAGAACAGCAUCUCAGGUUUCUUCCCGUUGGGAAAAAUGUAUUGAUCCUGCUUUAACCAAAGGACCAUUCAGUCCAGAAGAGGAUGCAGCGAUCAUAGAAUAUGUUAAUAAAAACGGUCCCACAAGCUGGCCUAGAUUGGCAGAAAUAUUGCAUCAACGUUCUCCAAAACAGUGCAGAGAGAGAUGGUUUAAUCAUCUUGAUCCCAGCCUUUCCAAAGAAUCAUGGACGAAUGAUGAAGAUAUCAUAAUUUUUGAGCACUAUCAAGUUUUGGGACCGAAAUGGUCUGCAAUUGCAAAAUAUCUACGCCAUCGAUCUGACAACUCAAUCAAGAAUCGUUGGAACUCAUCCAUUUCAAAGCGAAUAAAGGUGGAUGCAAACGGAAGAAAAAUACUUGUUGGAGAGCCAUCGAAGAAAAAUCAUAAAGUAAAGAAUCGCCACAAACCAGCUCUCCAGCCCCUCCCCAUCCCUCCCGGCCCUACCGCUAACAGAUUAAACAUCGAAGUUACCCAAAACGGCGCUCGUCAGCAAGAUCAAUAUUUACAGAUGCCACCGAUGAUUAAUUAUCCUGGAUAUCCGCCUGGCCUCCAGCCAAUGCCAAUUCCACAGCAGGCUCAGUCAAUGCUUCAAAUUCCACAGUUUAUCAGCCAGCCUCAAAUUCCAAAGCAACUCGGAACACCAUUGCAAGCACAGAUGCCUCAACCAAUACAACAAUUACAACAGAUACAAAUGCAGCAGCAACAGAUGAGUAAAACUCUUGGACAACUUACCCCUCAGAUUCCAGUACAGAAUCAAUUGGCUUCACAAAUAGGCCAACCAACACCUACAAUACCAGCCCAAAUUGCUCAAACUCCAGUUGGAGAAGCUACAAUCCCAUAUCCGUUAUUCGCCACCACUGGAACACCAAUUCCCGAUCUUUUCUCUCCAACAUCUCCAUUCGGUAUUGGUGGGCCAUUCGCGAUGCAGUCCCCUGCUGUUACAAAACCAAGCGAGGCAAAUGUUUUCAAAUAA